UUUUUUCCUUUUUUUUUUUUUGUAAUAAAAACAGCAAGGCCAGAAGGCCUCUCCCAGUCAGCGAAGUCCCACAGAAAACGACCGCCAAAGGGAAAGGCUUUUGUUCUCUAUAUGUAAAAUCAGUUCACAAUUUUCCAUUCCCGGAUUUACCCAGAUUUUAGUUGAAGAAAAAAAGAAGCUAGAUUCUAAAGAUUGAAGAACAAAGGCAUGGGGAUUGGAGAGAGUGUGAUAUAAAGAGAGAGUGAAGUACAAAGGGUGAAUCUUUGUUGUGUUAUGGCAUGCCACAGUUACACGGAGUUUUGCACUGAAGGAGUUAGUUCAAUUUUCGAUUUUGGUUUUGUGUUUUUAUCUUUCCCUUGUAAGGAUCGUUUCCAAAAGUUGGAUCCUUUGAUUCUUCCUUGAAGUAAAAAAGAGAGAGAAAAGGCAAUGAAAAGUUUUGGGGUUCAUCUAUUCUUCCUAGUCUUUCUUGCUCCAGUUGCAUCUGUGUCUGUGCAAGCUUUCACUGGAACGUAUGGCAUUAAUUAUGGAAGAUUUGCAAAUAACAUCCCUUCACCUGAUGAAGUUGUCACACUUCUUAGGGGAGCAAAAAUAAGGAAUGUUCGAAUUUAUGAUGCUGAUCAAAGUGUCCUCAAAGCAUUUAGUGGGACAGGGCUGGAAAUCGUGGUUGGACUCCCAAAUGGUAAUCUGAGUGAUGUGAGUGCCAAUGCCGAUCAUGCUAUGAGUUGGGUCAAGGACAAUGUGCUGGCAUAUCUUCCUGAUACACGUAUUUGUGGGAUCGCUAUAGGGAAUGAAGUCUUAGGAGGGAGUGGUGAAUUUUCGGGAUUUCUUCUAGGUGCAGUUAAGAAUGUUUACAAUGCAGUAAAUAAGCUUAAGUUAAGUGAUGUAGUUCAGAUUACCACGGCACAUUCACAGGCUGUUUUUGCUAAUUCCUUCCCUCCCUCAUCAUGUGUAUUCCAAGAUAAUGUUGUUCAGUACAUGAAGCCACUCUUAGAGUUUUUUUCACAAAUUGGCUCCCCUUUCUGUUUAAAUGCUUACCCAUUUCUAGCCUACAUGAGUGAUCCAGAGCAGAUUGAUAUUAAUUAUGCUCUCUUCCUACCAACAGAGGGAAUAAAUGAUGCGAAAACUAAGUUGCAUUAUGAUAACCUUCUUGAUGCUCAGAUUGAUGCAGCCUAUGCUGCAUUAGAAGAUGCUGGAUUUGAAAAGAUGGAAGUCAUUGUCACAGAGACCGGGUGGGCUUCACGUGGAGAUGAGAAUGAAUCUGCGGCGACACCAAAUAAUGCAAGGACAUUUAAUUACAACUUGCGAAAAAGGCUGGCAAAGAUGAAAGGAACUCCACUCAGGCCAAAAAAUGUGGUUAAGGCAUAUGUUUUUGCGAUCUUUAAUGAAAAUUUGAAGCCUGGGCCAACUUCUGAGAGGAAUUUUGGACUGUUUAAAGCUGAUGGGAGCAUCUCAUAUGAUAUUGGGUUUCAUGGACUUAAAUCUUCAUCUGCAUAUUCAUCAGUCUUGUCUUUGAAGCUUGAAGAGGAAGAACACGAUGAGGAUAGAGAAGACAAAAAGAGAGAAAGUAGAGAGAGAUAGAUGAACAAGGAUGAGUGUGGAGAGAUUCUGAUUUCAAAUUCCAAUAAUCAAGUCUAAAGCCCAAAAAUCAUAAUAACAAGUUUUUUUUAGGGGAGGAAAGGCUUAAAUCUCAAAAGGCAACGGUUUCAAGCCAUAAAUAAAUAAACAGAUUAACAAAAAACUAAUUUCUGUUCCUAAAUUUCUUAGGUAGUGAACCUCCUGUGUUACUUCCUUUCUCCAUCCUGCGUGAAAGGAAGUUUCUCUAAUUAAUAUGAACUGAUGAGUAAAUAAAUCAUUGCAAGGGACAGAAAUGUAGUUGAAAGAUUGGAUAAGGUCUUCCUAGGUAAGGUUAACCUCCUUUUAUGUGAUGCAAAGCUACUCCAAUUUGCCAGUUUUCUUUCAGACUACCUGUUGCUGGACCAAAGCCAAUUACUAUGCAUAUGAUGCUGGAAGGAUGCCAAGUACCCAUAGAAGGGUCAAUUUGGUGGCUGAAUGCUAGUAUCCCCAACCAAACCAAUGCAGCCUAACAACUGUUUCCAGAACUUACCCUCAAUCAGAUUAGCUAAAAUUUUCAUCUGUUUGCCUUGCCAAAGGUUACUCUAUCAUCAUACACAACUUAUUAACCAUUUCUACCGGCUGAGAUUUGGUUCCAAAAGUGAUAAAAGGUUUCUUACCGAGUUCAGCUUUCAAUUAGCCUUUGCACUGAAUCUACUUCAUCAAGUGUUACCAUGGAUCCCUCUUUACAAUGCACUAGGACUUUUAUUGAGGACAACUAAAAAAUCAUACCAUUGCACCAAUGCUACAUGGGAAGCACUUCCUUCAAUUAGAAGUAUCUUGUUUAGAUGCCAUAUGUUCUACGUAGUCUUUAAUUUACUAGUACUUUAUUCAUACUUGUUGCCUUGUGGGAUUGAUUCCUUGAUGGCAUGAACAACAAUCCCUGAUUUAACUGUACAUAUCUGAUAUACUAUUUGAUUAAUGGACAGUGGCUUUGUUUGGUCUGUUGUCUAGUUUGUAACAAGAUCUCCCUUCAGUUAUUAUGCAUAUAUCUGUGUUCUUUGUCAAUAAAGUGAACAAAAAGAUGUUGCUUCUGCUUGCAUCUUGAUAAAAUGUAGCCUUGAACAUAGCAUAUAUGUGGUUUAGUGAUUCACUUGUUUGUGAUGACUUG